AGCCGACGAAGAAGAACUGCUGAAGAAAAGGUUAGAUCUAUUUUUGCUACGUAUAUUUUACUUAGUUAAUAAUCUCAUUUCAUUCAAUAAGCCGUAAAUUUCCAAGAACUAGUUGGUAGUGUCCCCUGGAUGUAUGUAAUGACUAGAGUAUGAGUAGAUCGAUGAGAGCAAAUUCUAAGUAAACAGACUCUAACAGAAGUUCGUCUAAAAAUAAAUCCUUCGCAUUCCCACACGGUAAUUUUGGUGUUGGACUACCGCCGUACCUCAACUUCUCAAGUGAUGUUCGAAACUUUAGGCUCCACUCACACGUAUUGCGAGGGUCGUAAAAAUGCUGUGCUCGAGGUUCCUGAGAAGUUCCUCUUCGUUGAGGCAUGGGCUUGUGAGAGGUAAGGCCUCUGUAGCAACUCCAAAACCUUUCAUCUACCAGGAUGUGUUUAAGCCUGAUCAUGCCCAUGAUACACCAUUCAAAAAGCUCACUGGUGAUUUUGUUUCUACGGUUGAAGUGGAAGGAAGACAGAUUCUGAGGGUUAAACCAGAAGCACUUACAAUGCUCGCAUCCCAAGCAAUGAUUGACAUUGCCCACCUGCUGAGGCCAAAGCAUUUACAACAAUUGAGAAACAUCCUUGAUGAUCCAGAAGCAUCAAGUAAUGAUCGCUUUGUUGCCUUGGAACUUCUGAAGAACGCUAACAUUGCAUCAGGAAUGGUAUUACCGGGCUGCCAAGAUACAGGAACUGCCAUUAUUAUUGGAAAAAGAGGUCAGAAUGUAUGGACUGAUGAAAAUGAUGAAACACAUUUAUCUAAAGGCGUCUAUGAUACGUAUACUCAAAAGAAUCUCAGAUAUUCACAGGUAUCACCUCUUGAUAUGUUCAAGGAAGCGAAUACGGGCACCAACCUUCCCGCACAGAUAGAACUUUAUGCAGCCCCAGGAAAUGAAUAUCACUUUCUCUUCAUCGCUAAGGGCGGAGGUUCGGCCAAUAAAACGUUUCUUUACCAGCAGACGAAGGCUCUUCUAAAUCCAGAGAAACUCAUGGCUUUCGUCAACGAGAAAAUCAAGACCAUAGGUACAGCUGCUUGUCCUCCAUACCAUCUAUCUUUCGUCGUCGGGGGAUUAUCCGCAGAGAUGACUCUUAAGACUGUUAAAAUGGCUUCUACUAAGUACUAUGACAACCUACCCACUACCGGUAAUGCGCAUGGCAGAGCGUUCAGAGAUGUGGAGCUGGAGAAACAAAUCCAUGAGUUGUCUCAGCAGCUAGGUAUAGGAGCUCAGUUUGGUGGGAAAUACUUCUGUCAUGAUGUAAGAGUCAUUCGUCUACCAAGGCAUGGUGCAUCGUGUCCUGUAGGUCUAGGAGUUUCCUGCUCUGCAGACAGACAGGCCAUUGGUAAGAUAACAGCGGAAGGUGUCUUCUUGGAGCAGCUUGAAACCAACCCUAUCAAGUACUUACCUGAGGUCCAGGAAGAUGACCUGAGCGGUGAUGUCAUCAAGGUCAAUCUUAACCAACCAAUGGAUGAUAUCCUCGUAACGCUGACCAAGCACCCCAUCAGGACAAGGGUUAGCCUGACCGGAACGUUGGUGGUGGCCAGGGACAUCGCCCAUGCCAAGCUCCAGGAGCGGUUGGAUGCUGGUGAAGGGCUUCCUCAGUACAUGAAGGAUCAUCCAGUCUACUAUGCAGGACCUGCAAAGACUCCAGAGGGUUAUGCGUCUGGAUCUUUUGGACCUACAACAGCAGGAAGAAUGGACUCUUAUGUCAACUCGUUCCAGGCAGCUGGAGGGUCAAAGGUCAUGUUAGCCAAGGGGAACCGAAGUAAAGAUGUCACCAAGGCAUGUAAGACUCAUGGUGGUUUCUACCUCGGCUCUAUCGGUGGUCCGGCAGCCAUCUUAGCUCAGAACUGUAUCAAGAAAGUUGAGGUAUUGGAGUAUGAGGAACUAGGCAUGGAGGCUAUCUGGAGAGUCGAGGUGGAGGACUUCCCGGCUUUUAUCGUGGUCGAUGACAAGGGGAAUGAUUUCUUUAAGCAGUGGCAGGUGGAAUGAUUGAUACCAUUGAGGGUUCAAGAACUCAAGAACUGUAGACUGAUUUUUCCAUCAUGGCUGGGUUUGUCCUUGAACAUAACAAACGUUGAUUCAGUGUCCAUUGCUCUGCAAUCAUCCCGACUUGAGUACAGCUGGCAUGAAUAUGGUGCUUUAUUAUUUUUAGAAACUAGAUUAAAGCAUGGUUGUUCCUACAUAUAUGAUGAAACAAAAACUUGUCGUUGUCAAAAUUCUCCCCACUUUUAAGUCCUAGAUUUUUAGCAUGUAUUGUGAUUGUUAAAUCCGAAUAAAUACCCUAUAUUAUGCUUAUUUGUUUCAUAAUGAAAAAUGCAGUUCACUUUUAGUUUGGUCAGUUAGAUACUUAUUGCCCUCCCUUCGUGCAGACAGUCAAAGACAUGGUAGUGAUUACCUCACAUGUUCCAGGCUUGGUCAGUUAGCAUUCAAUCGCUUGUAAUGCUUUUCAUUAACUGUCCGACACUUAUAUGACACGCAUGUGUUGAUAGUGUCGUUAAUUUUUUAAUUAAUCAAUUCAUAUGAUCAGCUGUUUGAUUGAUUCUCAAAAUUCGAAACAUUGGGCAAGAAAACAUGGCAUUUAUCAUAAGACUGUCCUUGUUUCAAACUCAAGUCGAUCGUUCCAAAAUAGUCCUCCUUUCUUUCUUGACUUCUCAAUCAACCCAUCGCCUUCUGGAACUGGGUGAUCCCUCUACAAAUCUUAUGGGAUUUGCAGAAUUCAGUAGUCAACAAGUUAAGUGCCUCUUUAAUUCUAAUAAACUUUGGUAGACUGAUAGGUACAAAAUAACAGGUGAUGACCCUGGUCUAGAAAUGGUCAAACAUUCAAAUUAUAUAUUUUGCCUUCAGUGUAUUGUAUUUAAUCAUCCAGUUAUACUGUUGUAAGAUGUUUUGAUGUAAGUUUGAUAUUUUACCAUACACUGUAUCUGCCAGUUAUGCUAGAUGGGAGUUGUCAAAGCUGUUCUGCAGCUCUGGGAAGCUUUUUUUAAACCUACAUGUAUCAAACAUGAUAUCAUUUGAGGUUAAGUAUGACACACAUUUUCCACUCACCCCAUCCCUAGCUCAAGCAUAGGGGUCAAUGGGUUAAAAACCCACACUUACCAUUCCGUGUGUGGAGGUUCAUAGAGCAAGGGCAUUGUAUCACAAAUUGAUCUUAGGGGCAUUUUAAGCAAACUCCCAUCAUUUGUUGUUGUAGAGAUGAAUCAUACACACAAUGAAAAGUGUGUAAAAUUGUGCCGUGUAAUGUCAGUUACCGUGAAAAUGCCCUUAGGCAAAUUUUAUUGAUUGAUUGCAUUGACCAUUGUUUACUGUCAAUUGUGAAAGUCGACUGUAUGAUCAACCUCUGACCAUUGUGUCACAGGAUCCAGAAGUUCGCUUAACCAGUUGGCUACUGAAUUCAGAGAUUCUCAUAGACUUUGUAGGGGGACUGCUUGGUUCCAGUAGGUAAUGGGUGAACCUGUUGAUUACUGAGAUUCCCAUAUUGCACAAGUAUCACUCGGUUCUAGUCAGCAAUGGGUUAACCUGUUGACUACUGAAUUGUUUGAUUCAGAUAGGCUUUGUACAGGGAUCAUCCUCUUCCAGUAGGCAAUGGGUUAACCUGUUGACUUCUGAAUUCUGAGACUCCCAUAGACUUUGAACACAUAUCACCCAGUUCCAGUAAGCAAUGGGUUAACCGGUUGACAACUGAUUUCUGUGAUUCCAAUAGACUUUGCACAUGUAUCACCCGGUUCCAGUAAGCAUUUGGUUAACCUGUUGACAAUUGAAUUCAGAGAUUCCAAUAGACUUUGCACAAGGAUCAUUUGGUUCCAGUAUACAAUGGCACAUAUUCAUUACUCAGGUUUAAUUUGAACUCUGAUCUAAAGUUGUGGUUCAACUAUAGAAAGCCAAUUGUGACAUAAAUCUCUAACAGUAAAGGUUCAACUUAUCAGCUCGUUUGACACCCAAAUCAUUCAUAGCAGUGUGGAAAGGAUAGAUAAGAUAGUUUUUUCAGUAUUACAGAAUGAGGAAAGAGCUUAGUAAACAUAAGAAACAUACAAUGUAAACAAAAUUUUGACAUUUAUGGCUUCCCAUAAUUUUAGCACAGAGUUAGACCAUGGUUUAAGGGUUAAACCAGGUUUCAGAAUAGGAGCCAAUGGGUUUAAUGGAACAACCAAUGAAUAGAGAGGCUGAAGUUUCCAGUCUCUGCUUAUACUGUAUCUAUUCAAGCCAAGGUCAUAUAUCUUUUUGUAUAUCCUUAUUUCUUCAUUCAUUCUAUUAUACACAGUUAAGUCUGCUUCCAAAUUCAAUAUUCCAUACAUAAAAUGAUUGUCUUUUGUCAAUUAUAAAAACAAACAAACAAAAAACAGACCAGACCGGAGUAUGCAAAAUGCAUCUCUGUAAUUCACCUAAUUUGUAUUUCACUGAAGUAAACUUAUUUCUGUACUCAUAAGCAAUUGGACUUGGGCAAAGUCAAUAAUCUGACACACAAAAGUAACCAUUACGAUGACAACUUCUUGCCUUAAUUUUGAUUGGCUGUUGAACAUUGUAACCAUGGUAGUUACCAAUAGAUGGCAAAGUUCUAUCAAAGUAACUUUUUUGCAGAAGGGCCCUUUACUGAGGUUCCACUGAUCAGCAUUGCUCUCAAAUGAUCUUGUGAAAUGAACAACCAUGUACUCUGCUCAUCAGCUAGUAUAUCAAGGGGAGAGUAAGUUUUUGCAGCCAUGGUCACACUCUGCUGGCCUUUGCCUUGGUCAAAGUCUGAGUCACGUGACCUGGGGGCCGUUUCAUAAAACUUGUUAUAUAAACAAAUUUGCAAUAACUUUUAAAAACUAUCAAAAUCCUUCAAUCCGAUCGGCUGAUGGUACAUUUGUUAUAGAAAUUGUGCAUUUGUUAUUAUAACAAGUGUUUAUGAAACGGUUCAAAUAUUGAUGGAAGAUAUUUUUACUGAGUAGCCCUUCAGCUCUGUGCUGUCAGGUUUGAUUUUAUACCUGGGGAGCCUUUCAUGAAACAAAUAGUCAUUGAUUUUGCUAUUGUUAUAAGCUACUGCAAAUCCUUUCAUCUGAUUGGUAGAGAGCAAUGGUCAUUGAAAAUCUCUGACUGAACUUUUCAUGAAAUGCUCCGUGAUAUCAUUACAUGAAUUUAAUUUAUGUAAAUUUGUAUAGAGAGAUAUUCUAAAGAAUACAUUACAAAUUAUUUGACAUUUUA